CAGCUCUGCGGAGCGGAGCGGGCACAGCGCCCGCCUCGGACAGCCCGCCCCGGCCCCGCCGCGUCCCCCGCGGGCAUAAGAGGGCAGCGGGUCCCGGCUGGUGGAGCCUGGGCACGCCGCACCGCUGUGCCACAGCCCCGCCGGCAGCAGGGAGGGCCACGCACGACCAUGUCUGAGCUGGAGAAGGCGAUGAUCGCCAUCAUCGAGGCCUUCCACCAGUACUCGGGGAAGGAGGGAGACAAGCACAAGCUCAAGAAAUCGGAACUGAAGGAGCUCAUCAACAACGAGCUGAGCCACUUCCUCGGGGAAAUCAAAGACCAGGAGACCGUGGACAAAGUCAUGGAGGCACUGGACUGCGAUGGGGAUGCAGAGUGCGACUUCCAGGAGUUCGUGGCCUUCAUUGCAAUGGUCACUGCUGCUUGCCACGAGUUCUUUGAGCAGGAGUGAGCUGGUGGGAAGCAGGUGAGCCCCUUCUGCUCAUGCUGGAGAGAGGCAAGGCAGCAUUGCUCCUCCAGGAAAAGGACUGGCUGUGCUCACAGACACCUUAGGGUUCAGCUUGCGCUAGACUUAGCAGCUUAUUAAAAGUGCUGUGGCUUUGUGAACAAGAAACACUUGUGUGGCUCAGGAAAGGCUACUGGCUGGUGCCCACUGGGCUGGGUGCAGUGAGAAUGCCUUGCCUCAAGCUCCUUCCCUGCUGGUUUAAGUCAGGAAUGUGCAUGGGGCUAGAAGCAGAGGGAUGCUGUGAUCCAAGCUCGCUUGCAAAGGAAAAAAGGAAAUUCAAGGGUUGAAGGAAGAGGUGAUGCAGAGGGGCUGGUUUUGGAAACUUGCUGCUGAGCCCACUGGCCUGAACGGGAAGGCUCCCAGUGACUCCUGUGGGCUCUAGGCAUGGCAUUAACACCAGCUCCUGUGCCAUCACAGGUGCUCAGCAGAGCCCACCCAUUUCUUGGUGCAUUGAGACACCCUCGGCUUGCAAGGCAAAGUGUAACAAUCUAAAAGCAUCAUAACCAUCUGACAGCUCAGGCUUUUCACUUGUGGAUCAAUCCUGCUUUAGCAGCCGGCAGAACUGGAAGCAACAGUGUACGAGGCUCCUGCACUGGGGUCAGCUCCUGGGCCUGGGAUCUGCCUUGACAAGGUGUCCAGGCUCAGGCAGAAGGGAAGUGGGAGUGGCCCAGUGUGACCACAGACCAGGCACAGCCUCCUGAGUGUGUGGAAAUGACAAGGAAUAAAACGUUGGUUUGGCCUCUGGUGAAAAA